ACCUGAGAUAUAAGUACUCUCCCAGUAUCUGGAAGAGUCUCAAGGCUUGGGAAAGGACUGCACCUGGACAAUCCUCUGCAAGACCAACAAAAUGGAGAAGAUUAGUAAAAUGCAAGAAGAAAAGCACCUCACAGGAACCUUGGUUCUCUCCGUCUUCACCGCGGUGCUGGGCUUCUUCCAGUAUGGAUACAGCCUGGGUGUCAUCAACGCUCCUCAAAGGGUAAUAGAGGCUCAUUACGGCCGUGUGCUGGGCAUUGCCCCUAUUGACAGAAGUGCCAUCAAUUUCACAGACGUGAAUGGAAGCAUGAUCUUCCCAGACCUAGAAGAAUUGGAUGUAGGCAAGAGUACACUCACUCUGUACUGGUCCCUGUCUGUGUCCAUUUUUGCCAUAGGUGGAAUGAUUUCCUCUUUCACUGUUGGAUGGGUUGGAGACAAGCUAGGCAGAGUGAAAGCCAUGCUGGCCGUGAAUGUUCUUUCUAUCAUUGGAAAUCUCCUCAUGGGGCUGGCAAAAUUUGGCCCAUCUCACAUCCUUAUUAUAGCUGGGAGAGCAAUCACAGGGCUGUAUUGUGGGCUAUCGUCAGGACUUGUUCCAAUGUAUGUUGGUGAGAUAUCACCUACAGCCCUUCGAGGAGCCCUGGGAACGUUGCACCAGCUUGCUAUAGUCACGGGUAUUCUCAUUAGCCAGGUCCUUGGACUAGACUUUCUGCUCGGCAAUGAUGACAUGUGGCCUCUACUUCUUGGUCUAUCUGGUGCUGCUGCUCUUCUUCAGUUUUUCCUGCUCUUAUUGUGUCCAGAAAGCCCUCGGUAUCUUUACAUUAAACUAGGAAAGGUGGAGGAAGCUAAAAAAAGCUUGAAAAGGCUCAGAGGAGACUGUGACCCCACAAAAGAGAUCACCGAGAUGGAAAAGGAGAAACAAGAAGCUGCCAGUGAAAAGAAAGUCUCCAUCAGGAAGCUUUUCAGCUCUCCCCGUUACAGGCAGCCAGUCAUUGUGGCACUGAUGGUUCAAAUAUCUCAGCAGUUUUCAGGAAUCAAUGCAAUCUUUUACUACUCUACAAACAUUUUUGUAAGAGCGGGAGUUGAUCAACCAGUCUACGCAACCAUUGGUGUUGGUGUCGUGAACACUGUCUUCACCAUUAUCUCCGUCUUCCUUGUGGAGAAAAUAGGGAGACGGUCCCUGUUUAUUGCUGGUUUGAUUGGUAUGCUGGCAAGUGCCGUAGCCAUGACAGUUGGACUUGUGCUCCUGAGCACUUUUGCUUGGAUGAGCUACGUGAGCAUGGUCGCAAUUUUUCUCUUCGUAAUUUUCUUUGAAGUCGGGCCUGGCCCAAUCCCCUGGUUUAUUGUUGCUGAACUGUUCAGCCAAGGGCCCCGUCCUGCUGCCAUAGCGAUAGCUGGAUUCUGCAACUGGACCUGCAACUUCAUCAUUGGAAUGUGUUUCCAGUAUAUUGCAGAUCUGUGUGGCCCUUACGUGUUCACGAUCUUCGCCGUUCUGCUCUUAGGCUUCAUUUUAUUCGCAUUCUUUAAAGUACCAGAAACAAAAGGAAAGUCUUUUGAAGAGAUUUCAGCUGCCUUCCGCCACAAGAGGCGCUCAGCCAUAAAAGGACACAAAGCUGCUACUGAACUGGAGGAUUUGCGAGGCAGCGAGAAGGCAUAAAAAACUGCAAAAUGUGUACCAGGAAGAAAUUAAAAAACAUAUAUUUUUAAAUGCAUCUGAAAGAACCUUGGACAAAAGCAUGAUUUUAUAAAAACACCGCAGCUCAAAAACCAGUAGGUCAAAUCAGUAUCAUGCUUCUGACUGAUAUGCCUGGGAGUGUGUGUAUCUUACCACCCCUGGCCCUCAGACUAAUGUGACGUUACGUUCUAAGGGCUCAGUAUAUCUUGGUGUUGUCCUAAAAAGACACAGGAAAGAAGAUUCCAUGGGGGACUGAAUUGAUUCAGUACAGUAACAAUCUUCAUUGGCUGGAGACCGCUAUAGACUGACCAAGAGCGUAAUGCAGAAGAAGCAAAAGGAAGAAAAGAGACGCUGCGCAAUAAUUUAUUCUUAUGGAUGGUUUCACCCUGGGAAAACCAAAUGCUACUGUAGUUGUCAUAUUAGUAUAAAGCCAUAACUAGCUGAAGGGGAUAAAUAUAAAAGAGUGAGUGAAUUUGCCACCUGAUCCUAGAGUGGUGUAGCAGUAUUUCCAUUACAAUGUGUUAGUAUUAAACCCAGCUUGUUUUAUUUGGUGUUUAAUAGCUACACACAUACUGGCUGGGCCCAUGGAUUUUUCAAACCAGUAACACGCUUGAGGAAAGUCUUAUAAAUGCUGGCCAUGGUAUUGAUGUUUUGGGAAAAAAUAUCUAAUUUCUCUUUCCACUGCGGUCCUUUGCUUUAUCAUAUUUACAGCCUGAAAGGUGGUACUGUAGUCUAGGGGAGAGGGCACUGAAUUAGGAGUCAGAAGACCUGGAUUCUAUGCCCACCUCUGGCACAGCCUCUCUGUGAGACCCUAGGUAAGUCUUUCCACCUCCCUGCUGCUGUUUGCCCUCCCAACCUGUGUCUGUCUCAGACUAUACGUUCUUUGGGGCAGGGACUGUUUCUUACUAUGUGUUUGCACAGCGCCUAGCACAGUGGGGUUGUGAGCUCCGUUGGACCUUAAAACACUACUGUAAACCAAAGAACAAAUAACAACCACCAGGGGCCAGAUUAAAUUGGCCUAGCACCAUUAACUUAAAAUGGCUUCCUGGUGACUUCAUCAGAGCUCUGUGACUUACACUAGCUGAGGCUCUGGCUGGGGGAUGGUCUCUGCUUAAGGACACAUUUGUUGCAGACUCACUCAGUCAAAGGUGACCACGGAGGAUUAUUAAAGUCCUGGACAUACGCUUUUUUUUUUUUUUUUUUUUAAACUUUGGAAAUCUCAGAAAUAUCUAUUCUCUUCUUUUGAGGUUCUUUCACUGUGGUAGCUUCAGGGCUGGAUUAAGCCAUCAGUCAGUCCUCGGGGAAAAUACACUUUCGGGCCUCCUCGUGAAUAACAACAAACAGGCGUACAAUACGCUUAUUGAAUGCCAGGGUGGUCAUGCUGUGGCUCUGCCGGACUAACUGCCGCCGCUCGUGAUGCUACCCACCAUGCCAAAGAGGCAGCUGGGCCAAAUUUGAAUGAGUGGUGUUGCAAUUCCCGUCCUGGUGAGCAGCGCCUUGCACAGCAGCAGGCUGAGCAGCCGGUCCUGAUGGAUCCAUAGCACGGCCAGCCCAACUGCGGUGAGUGUACUGAGCAGCUGUUUGUUUGAGACUGGGAGCCCCCCCAUCCCCAGAUACAUUUGGGUCCUAGGCAUGUCCCCAGUUUGCCUAUACCUUAAUCUGGUGCUGGGCUUGUGAAUGCCUUAGGUCGAGGUUUUUGCUAUAGGGAUCUAUUAUUUAUUUAUAUAUGAAGCACAAGGCAAACUUGAAUCAAUAAUGAUAAUAAAACUUAAUUAGGAUGACUUUAGCUGAUGCCAUUAUAAUAAUAUAUAUGUACAGUGGAUCAAAUGGACAGAAAAAAAUCAGCUUAUAGAGGGUCAGGGGUCAGAUCCUCAGCUCGUGUCAAUGGGUAUGUCAGUGAGCUGUACCCAUUUACACUGACAGAGGAUCUGGUCUAUAUUUCUUUCCUCUCCAACUUGUACUCCUUUGGUGUUAAGGCUUCGAGACAAAUUCUGGACUCAUUGAAGACAAUAGAAGUUUGGUCACUGACUUCAGUGGGACCCAGAUUUGGCCCCAUAUCAUAUAUUCAGGUAAUGAGAUGAACACAAUCGGCUAAAUUCAUUCCUGGUGUAAUUCCGUUAUCUUGGCUGCAGUUAUACUGCAAAGGAAUUUGACCAAUGACAGUCAUGUGAUACACUGAUAACAGGUAAACAGUAGCUGAAACAAUGCAUACAAGAUCACGUGAAAACCAGCAGUGCCAACUGUGAUACUACAGAAUAGGAGGUCAGACCUUAAAACACUUGUUCACGUGUAAAAUGGUACAGAUCUGACAGGAGAUAGGUAUCAGAGAUUGCCAGUCAAGAGUUCUAUACAGUAUAUAUCACAGUAAGUUAAAUAUUAAAAUAGAUAUUGUGAAUGCAAAAGAAAUUAGGCUUGUGCCGUCAGUGAUAUUCUCUUUGCCUGUUACAUAAAAGUGACCAUGAACAAUGCUGUCGAUGUUUGUUGGCUUUUGUUUCUCUUUUCCCUUGGUCAGUCUUGACUGGGGGAGCUAGACCCCUUGAACGUGAGAGCUAGCUUCUCAGGACG